AACGUUAGAAUACAAAUAUGGAAGAUUAUAAAUAGAAAAUAGAACUGAUUAAUGAAGACGGUGAGAAAGUAAGAUGACAGCACUGUUGUCAUGCGAGAAGAAACGAAGCAAUAGAAAGACAGCGGAUGUGAGUUUUGUUCAACUCCACCAACACUAAUCAUCAAUCCACUACUCAUUAAAUCAACAAAGAGUGCAGCCCACACUUCCUUUUCCACAAUCAUAACCGUUUUUCUUUUCACUUCAUCACCAUCAUCAUGCCCACAUAUUCCCCGGCUGCGUCUGCCUCCAGAACAAUCGGGGAAUGCAUUUAUGCGGCGUUGAUGCCGCUCAUAGCCGUCGUCGAGGUUUUCGUCUCCGCCGUUGCAGGUUGUUUCAACUCUCAUCGUCCGCUCUCCGUUUUUCAUUCUCACAAAUCUUCUUAUACUGCUCGUGAUUUCAAUCGCCUUGCUCAAGAAACUAGAUUCACUGUUAAUGAAGUGGAGGCAUUGCAUGAACUGUUUAAACAGAUAAGUAGCUCCGUAAUUGAUGAUGGCUUGAUUCACAAGGUGGAGCUUCAAUUGGCACUAUUUCAAACCCCAAAUGGAGAAAAUCUUUUUCUUGAUCGAGUUUUUGAUCUUUUUGAUGAAAAGAGAAACGGUGUUGUCGAUUUUGAAGAAUUUGUCCAUUCGCUCAGUGUUUUCCAUCCUUACGCUCCUAUGGAUGAAAAAAUAGAUUUUGCAUUUAAGCUCUAUGACCUAAGACAAACAGGGUUCAUUGAGCCAGAGGAAGUCAAGCAAAUGGUUAUAGCUAUUUUGAUGGAAUCUGAAAUGAAUCUUUCUGAUGAUCUUCUUGAAGCUAUUGUUGACAAGACAAUUGCCGAUGUUGAUCAAGACAAUGAUGGUAAAAUCAGUAAAGAAGAUUGGAAAGCUUUUGUGAGUCGAAAUCCGUCGCUAUUAAAGAACAUGACACUUCCUUAUUUGAAGGAUAUCACUACUGUGUUUCCUAGUUUUAUAUUCAAAUCAGACGCUGAAAUUUGAGGAAGAAAAUGUGUUAAUUUGAGAUCAAGAUUAGAUGCUUUCUGUUUGAGGCAAAUUAUUGGAUUCUUUAUUGCUGUAAAUGGUAACAACAGAGGUAAUUUGUGGACAGAUAAUCGUGGUGGUCAAAACUGCACAAUUCCUGCAGCCAUACCGAGAAGUCACCGAGUUUUUAUCUUUUGUAUGAUUGAAAGAACACUUUCUGGACCAACAAAACAUCAUAUUUGUAGCAUAGAAUUCCUAGAUUUGAUUACCUGUAUAUUCACAUAACCAAUGUUUGUUUUCAUUUGGUUCCAUUGUAUAUAAAGAGUGAGUGCAGUGACAUCUUCAAGUGAAAA